CUUGUUUUAACUGGCUGGGAGGGAAUGCUGUGGAUUCGUCGCUCCUCCCGGCGGAUCCGUGCGCAGCUGCUGCCAUUCCCUUUGGCGCCACCCGCCGCAAGCACCGCAUUCAAUAGCAUCGCGAAACGAUGUCGAUUUGAGAUGAUCCAUAGUACGAGCAGGGAUGAUCUGCAAAAUUCUGGGAUUUCUAGCUCUGAGCCUUCUCUGCUACCAUCACCAGGAAGCUCCAGGGUCCAUCCGACAGCCAUUGUUCACUCUCAAGCUACCAUCGGUGAGUACGUGAGUAUUGGUCCAUUUUGCAGCGUUGGUCCCGGUGCAAAGCUUGGCAGUGGCUGCACACUCCACCCAAACAGCCACAUCUUUGGAAACACUCACAUUGGCGACAACUCCACGCUCUUCCCGUGCGUUGCAACGAAACGCUCUUUUCAUAAACGUCAUUUCUCUUUUUCUCUGUCUUCCAUUGAUCACAGGGGAGCAAUAGUUGGAGCUGACAUUCCUGGUGAGACGGUCAUCGGGAAGAAUAACAGCAUCGGCUGUUAUGCGGUAGUCGGAGUGAAGUGCCAAGAUCUCAAGUACAAAGAUGCAGACGAGUGCUUUCUUCGAAUAGGCGAUAAUAACGAUAUAAGGGAGCACGCCAGCGUUCACAGAUCGUCCAAAAGCACCGAUAGCACGAUAAUUGGCGACAGCAAUCUUAUAAUGGGAGCCUGUCACAUUGCACACGACGUCAAGCUCGGUAACAGCAACAUUCUGGCAAAUGGUACUCUUCUAGGCGGUCACGUCGUGGUGGAGAAUUGUAUCCACACAGGAGGAGGAGCGGCAGUGCAUCAGUUUUGUCACAUCGGCUCUUACUCCUUCUUGGCAGGCGGUUCCAUGGUGGACAGAGAUGUUCCAAUGUAUAUGAUGGUUGCUGGGAAUCGUGCAGAGCUUCGGGGACUUAAUCUGGAAGGACUGAGACGGCGUGGAUUCUCCGAGAUCGAGGUGAACAGCCUGAGGCGAGCUUAUCAAAGGCUUUUCGUGAACAGUGAUGAAAAUGCUGGAGGGAUCGACGACCGACUUGCCAUUCUCGACUUGGAUGCAAAGCUUUCCAAGGUUGAGGUAGUUCUUCAGAUGAUCAAGUCUGUCCGGGAUUGUUUCGGAGAGAAUCGAAGAGGCCUGUGUAAGUUUCGGCAAGUAACUGGAAUCAUAGACAAUGCGAUUGAUAUUCCUUGAUCAAGCUC